GGACACAAUUGAUGCUUUGUACAUCGCUUCGCGGAGCCAAUCAGCAACUGCAACCUUUCGUGACACGAAGAUCGCACAAAACACUAUUGAGAGAGCGUCAUGUCGGGCGUACACGUCGUGGCGGAAGGAAACCCGCGCAAGGGUGCGAUGGAUGUGGAUGAGAGGGAGCAGUGCAUCCACGACAUUGUGAGCUGGUUCCAGCGCAAAGCAAAUCUCGAGUCCGCGGCGGAGAAGAACGCUGAUAUUGAAGCGUUGGAGAAGACGCUGGGCGGGGAGAUCCCCGAGGAGUUGCGCAGUCUACUAAUGACGCAGAGCGGUGGUAUCUGGUUCGACGACUACAAGUCGCUGUCUGCAGACGAAAUCAUUAACAAGGCGGAGGCGCUCGCGUCUAUCAAGGGCUGGGACUCUUCGCUGAUCCCGUUCGCAGCAAAUGUGGACGGCGGAGCUCUUGUUACGGAUACCGGUUCAAGGAACGCAGUGUUCGAGUUUAGUGAGGACGGAAAAGGAGAUCGGCCUCUUGCAUCUUCGCUCCUCGAAUAUCUUGAAAAGUACCGAAAUCGCCUUCUGUCCGGUAAGUUCGACUUCGUCGAAGAUGUUGGACUGGUCGAGCGCUCGCGAAAGUAGCACAACUGCGGAGGACGAAUUUCACAAUACGAGAUGCAACAGCCAUUCAUACCUUUCAUCUGAGUUCUAGGCGGACGCGUUCCGAUAAGUAAUUAACACCUCCAUUCAUGCAUUGCGCAUUGAAAUAAUGACAGUUUAUUCAACGAUA